GAUAGUUGCCCCGCCCAACAGUCGUGCGUACGUGCGUCGUCUCUAUGGUGGCGGCGGAUUCGGAGGGAUCCAAGGACCCUGGAGUCAGGAACUCUGCUGUCUUCUGUUUCCCGCGCGCCUCGUGAUUCGGGCGUCUCUCCCCUAGGAUGUUCCGCCGGGAGCGCUCCAUCCCCCUUCGAGGCUCAGCUGCCGCUCUGUGCAACAACCUCAGUGUGCUGCAGCUACCCGUCCGCAACCUCACACAUUUUGGGGUAGUCCAUGGACCCAGCGCCCAGCUUCUCAGCUUUGCUCCUGAGGGUUUGCCCUUGGCCCAGCGCCAGCUCCACGCUAAGGAGGGAGCUGGAGUGAGUCCCCCGCUUAUCACUCAGGUCCACUGGUGUGUCCUCCCCUUCCGAGUAUUGCUGGUACUCACCUCACAUCGAGGAAUACAGAUGUUUGAGUCUGAUGGCUCCAUCAUGGUCUAUUGGCACGCACUGGACUCUGGGGAUGCCUCUCCGGUACAGGCUGUGUUUGCCCGAGGAAUUGCUGCCAGUGGCCACUUCAUCUGUGUGGGAACGUGGUCAGGCCGGGUGCUGGUGUUCGACAUCCCAGCCAAGGGUCCAAACAUUGUACUGAGCGAAGAGCUGGCUGGGCACCAGACACCAGUCACAGACAUUGCCACCGAGCCUGCCCAGGGACAGGACUGCGUGGCUGACAUGGUGACGGCAGAUGACUCAGGCUUGCUGUGUGUCUGGCGGUCAGGGCCUGAAUUCAAAUUAUUGACCAGAAUUCCAGGAUUCGGGGUCCCGUGCCCUUCUGUGCAGCUGUGGCAGGGGACCGUAGCAGCAGGCUAUGGAAACGGGCAAGUGCGUCUGUAUGAGGCCAGUACGGGAACGCUACAUGUCCAGAUCAACGCCCACGCUCGGGCCAUCUGUGCCCUGGACCUAGCUCCUGAGGUGGGCAAGCUGCUUUCUGCAGCUGAGGAUACCUUUGUGCACAUCUGGAAGCUGAGCAGAAGCCCAGAGAGUGUCUCCAUUGAGGUGGAACACUGUCAUGGGGAAUGUGUACCCGACACCCAGGUGUGUGGUGCCCGCUUCUGUGAUCCCUCAGGCAGCUCCUUUGCUGUGACUGGCUAUGAUCUUGCUGAGAUCCUGAGAUUCAGCAGCAUGUGAGAGAAGAGCAGCCCUCCUUCCCCCCUGUGGUAUUUAUAAAGUACCCCCUCCACCCA